UUUUUUUCUCUCUCUUAUCGCUCUCUCUUCUCUCUAAGAAACAAAACAGAAGCACCAAACCCUAGCUCCGGCCGCCGCAUCUGGCGCCGGAGGCGUCCCCUUCCCCCUAAUCUCCUUUUUCCCUUUGCUCUCACCCUCUCUUCUCUAUCCUAAGUCGAUAUGCUCACCUUUCUGUGACUAUCUGAGAUCUUCUUCCAGAGAGUCCCUUGCGACAGACGGAGGUAGAUACCGGCGUUCCAUGGACAGGCGGCGAGACCCAAGGAAGGUUGAGGGUGGUGAGAGUCGGCUUUUAGACCGAAGAUUCGUGUCAGAUCCGGUUUUCCACUUUUGAGAUCUAUGACGGAUUCUUCACGGAGAUGGCGCGUGACUCGGCGUAGACGUCUUCUCCACCUCGGAUCUACAUCCCCUCGUGGCGGUGAGAUUUCUGGAGGAACGGUGUGAACGGACGGCAGAAAGGGGUUCGUUCUCGGGAUUCCGGAGGCGACGCGUGGUGAGGUCUUUCAACGAUGGAGUUGUCAACCAGAGGAGGAGACUUUGCUAGCAAAACGCGGUGGAGUUGCUACAUCCCAGCGCCGGUGACGGUCUGGUGGUCGCCCCGGUGGUAGAACCUACACACUUCUUGAAGCCGCGACUUAGUGUCCCCGUUUCACGACGCCAUUAUCCAGGUCGUUUUUCAUUCCGGACUCGUGUUCGGUUUUAGGCUGAGGAUACAGACAGUGAUGGCCGGAAGGAAGAGGAGCUCAGGUCGGAAUGCGCCUUCUGGUGUUGAUACUGUGGUUCACGGACUGAACUCGAAUCAUAAGGAGACCAUCAGUUUGGUUUAGAUUAGUACCGACUGAGUUAUUCUUUUUCUUUUGUGUUUAAUUAUUGUCGUUGCAUCUCGAGGUCAAAUUAGGGGUCUAAGAGGCGGUUUAUUCCGGGCAGUGGGAUGAACUUGUCCUCAUCGUGGAGGAAAAUACAAUGCCGGAUUUGAUUGGGUAGCGUUGGAUCCAUCUAUGUGAUCUAGGGUGAUACUAAAUCCCGGUAUUGUGUGUGGGGUUAAAAUCUCGUAGAGGUUGUAAUCUUGUAUUCCACAAUUGGUCAAUAUAAAGUUGAAGUUGAGCCAAAAAAAAAAAAAAAAAAAAGAAUGGUUUUGAAUGUAUUUAUUAGGUGAUUCAAUAUUGCUGUUAUAAUAAAUUUUUCAAGAUGAUAAACUAUGGAUCAUUAGAAAGCUCGACAAUGUUAUAAAUUUCAUAUAUGUUACAAAGUCUUGGUAUCGUUAGGAGUUCACUCAUGAUGACAGAUUUUUGAUUUUUUUAAUGUGAUACUUGUAUCAUUUAAUUUGUAUGUAGUAUAUAUUAGGAGAUUGUUACUGACGUCAAUCUGUUACACAAAACGAACCGGUUUAUAUUAUGAGGUAAAAACUGAUAUAUUAUUGAUUUAUUAAUAAUUGAUAAAUGUUAUUAAGAUAAAAAUAAAAUAUAAUUUUCUAGGAAAGGUCCAUUUCAAAAAAUCACACAUGAAGUGAAGUUGUGACUUUUGUUUUAAUAUAUUAGAUAAUCAAUACCUAUUCAUUCUUUAAAAUUACAUAUUUUCGCUGCAUUUGAUUCCUUGUCAUUUUUUGAAUUUUAAAAAACUAUAGAAGUAUUCUUUAUCUAAAUUGAUGUGAAACGAAAAAAAUAAAUAUUUAUUUUCUUCUCGUUCAUAUUUUUAUUUUAAUGGUCACCAGUUAUAGCCAUAAUAUAUAUGUUUUUUUCAAACAAAAGUAUAUGUUAUUGAUCAAUAGUAUUAAGGUAUUUGUCAAAAUCACUAAUACUCAUUUUAUAAUUUCUAUAUAAUUUUUAAAAUAUAGUGUUUUUUUUUUAAUCAUUCGAAUUUAUUCAUGAGUGUGAUUUCAUAAACUUAAAAAUAUUUUAUAUUAAAAUACAAAAAUAUAAAUUCGAAGAUGAUUGACAAUACAGUCCCCAUUCUUUAGGCUUUUAAGCCCAUAGAAACUAAGGCCCAAAUAUUCUUUUCCCGCGUAAAGGCAAAUGAAAACCUAAAACUAUCUUCCCUCAGAAGUUUCGAAACCUCCACUCAUCCCGCCGGGGAAAGAAAAUGACCGUCGCCGCCGAAGAACCUUCUCACCAGAAACCUCUCACCGAUAACGACAUCAUCCGCUUAGCCCAGUACCACCACUGCCAAACCAGCCUCUCCCUCCCUCCCUACCUCCUCUCCCCGACCUCCCACGAUCCUCUCCUCGCCUACCUCAAAUCCCGCUCCUCUCUACCUUCCCCGUCGAAGCCUGUCUCCGAGUACGCGAUCGCUCUCCUCUCUCUAAUCUCCCUAUCCCCGACGACUCCGUCACUCUCCUCCCUCCUCGCAUCUCUUCUCAUCGCCUACACACAGAUCUUCCCCAAAAUCCCGAGCGAUUCGGAUUCCUUGAAGACGAUUCAGCUCUUCGGGACUCUGUUACGGUACCUACACGUCAAGGAGAUCAAAUCCGUCGUCGAUUCGAUCUUAUCCGGUGUGUCUAGAGUUAUCUCUGUUGAUGACGCCCAGUUGUUUGAUCUAUUGCCUGUGUGCUUUGAUUUGUUGCGUAGAGAAGCUAAGGCUAGUGAGAUAGAUUACGUUAAUUCGGUUAUAGAUCGUGUUCUCACCUGUGAAUGGGAGAAAGGAUUUGUGACGAAAAUGGUAUCUCUUGCUAAGGAGUUAACGUUUGUGGACAAAGGGAGGAAGAGUGAGUUGCUGGAGAAAGUGUUUUUGGGUGUUAAGUGUAUAGACUUGCAGGACUUGCCUUCACUUGUGUACCAGUUGCUUGUUCUUGCUUCGAAGGGGUUUUGCAAGAGGGAGGUGAUUGGAGGAGUUGUUUGCUUUUUUGGGUCUAAAGCUGAGAGUAGAGUGGCGUCUGUACUUAGGCAGAUAGAAGGGACUGUUCUUCUUCACGUGAAUUUCGCGGUGAAGCAGGAUCCUUCGCUGGGGCAGGAGGUUGUGGCGUUGGUCAAGUCUGAUCUCAGGGCUUUUAAUCAUUUUACGGUAGCGGUUCUGUUUUCGGUUGCGAGGGUUAGAAAGUUCGGUGAGAAUUCUUUGGGGGUAUUGAGAACGGCUUUGCUUAGUGCGUACAACGAUUACAGACUCUCUAAAGAUUGCAAGUGGCUACCUGAUGAGCUGAAGGAAGAGAGUUUACUGCAUGCCAAAUUGGUUGAAAAAUCUUUGCUAAGAGCGGUUAGUGAGUGCAAAUAUGGGAGGGAGCAUGUGUUUCCGAGUGUUAUUCAAUUUGGUUUUAUGUUGCUAGAAUCUGUUGAAGAAGGUAGGUCCAACGAGUCUGGUGGUUCCAGUGGCGUACUGGGUAUUGAAAAGCUUAGUAUUCAGAUUCUGGGAACCCUAUUUGAAGUCCAUGAUAUGACAAGAAACGAGAUAAUUGAGCAAUGCAAGUUUCGCAUUCUUUCUUUGAAAUGCGCAAAGAGCAAGCCAAUAUUAAGGUUGUUAGGAUAUCUUGUCCAGAGAUACUCACUUAUCAUGUUGGAUUAUGUCCAUCAUCUCAAAGAAUUAUUGGAUUAUUUCACUUUCAUGGAGGGGAAUAUCAGCUGUUUUCUUGUUUCUGCUAUUAUCCCGCUCAUCAAAUUCAGCCGUGAUCUGCAGGAUUAUACCAUCUUGGUGAUUCGGAAGGCUAUGUUUAGACGAGAAGAUACAGUUCGUGUAUCUGCAACAAAGGUGAUAAUUGAACUUAUACUUGCAGAGAAACAAGCUAAGAAAGACAGCUCAUUUACUCUCCAAGACUCAUCAAGCCAAGCCAGCUCUAGUCAGCACAAUGAAGUGAGCUGCACUGUGAGGGGAAACCUCUUUACUGAACUGAAUGGGUUGCUUCAAAGAUGUCUUUACCAACAGGCAAAGGUGAAAGAAGUAGUUUAUGAUGGGCUGGUGAAGUUAGUCCUGAUUGAUCCAUCAAGUGGAGCACAUGUAUUGGACUUUCUUAUGCCUCACUUUCUUCGUUUCUUCAGACAGGACAUAGAUUUUCAGCUUGGAAUCACUUCGUGCAUUAAAGUAGAAGGUGGCAAAUUUAUUAUUGAAGAGCCCUUGGAUAGGCUUCUCUUUUGUAUCUCUUGGAUUUUACUCCUUCAACAGCACAACAACUCUGAUCGGCCUUCUGAUGCCACGUGGCCAUGUUUUGGUUUCGCACUUACUCAAGAAAAUGAGCAGGCAGGAAGAAAUGUAUCUCAUGAAGUGUACUCCAGUACUUUGUUGAAGGUCCGAAACUUUCUCCUAGGCAAAAAAUUAGGAGAUAUUGUUGGGCUGUCUCAGGACACAGUUUCCGCAUCUCUAGAAGAAGAUAAAAGAACAUCCUAUUGUCUGAUUAUAUUGGGGAUCGUUCAAGUGCUGCUAAAUUAUAUCAUAACGGAUCUAGAGAAACAGCCAGAAGGGAAGAAAGGUGAAAUUGAAAAGGAUAUUGUUGAUUUGGUUGAUCUUUAUGAAUCGCUGGAAAAGGAGGCGGGGAAAUCAAAACAGAGCAAUAUUGGCAAGAGAGUACGAUUCAGCUCUCGUAGUAAAUCUGAUGAUACUGGUGUGGGAUUCGUAAGUAUCAACGAAGAGCGAGAACAAGUUCCCUUUUUGUCUACUUCAAGUAUCUACCAGCUAUUUCUAAUCGCCUUCAAACUCCAUAGCAGCAAAUCAGCAUGUAAUCUUUCAGGUUCGCAGGAUGACAGCCAGUCAUCAUCAGCAAAGACAGAGAAGUCAAUAUCUGGAGUUUUGUCUUUCACUUUGCAUGUUUGUAUUGGACACAUAAGAUCAUCUCUUUGCAUGAAGGAGGAAAAUCCACUUAAACCGUUGGUCUAUGGUGACAUGAUAGUUCUGGGCCCUCCACUGAUGAAAGUAGUUUACCUGCUAAAGCCAGGACCACUUGUAGUAACCGGACAGACGAAUAAAGAGAAUAAAGGAAGGAAAGUUGCUGAAGGAAGAAAACAGUGUCUACAUCUGGCCUUGCUUAGCUUGAAGGAGCUGCUCAGUAUAUAUUCAAGUGGAUCUGGCUUGACUGGGUUGCUUGAGGAUUUGUUGGCAGUGCCUGCAUCCGACGAUGCUAUUUUAGAAGAGUGCAGCGAAGCUUCAAAAAUUGAAGAUCCACGUGUGAAGAACAUCGAAAUUUUCAUGGAAAAAAUCAUGAAGCCAAUGAUCACAGACCUUAUCGCCCAAAACUCUAAUGAUGUAGAGAUUCUUUGUGACAUAGUGUUGAUGCUUGGGAGCACUCUACCUGACAAAUUCAAACAACGGCAUGGAUCAUGGGCUCAUGAAAUCUUCAGAAGCUGUGAAACAUCUAACACCACUGUUGCAAAGAGCGUUUUAAAACUUGCCAUCUCUUUUACCACAUCUCCUGGUGAUCUAUGCAUAGCCGUAGAAGUAGCAAAGGAGUUGCAAAAUGUCAUCGGUUUAGACAAAUCUGAUACAUCACAAGUCUCCGAAUCAUACAUGAUCGUAAACCAGUCGACAAGUGCUUCAAUAACUUCUUGCAUAUUGCAAUUAGUUGACUCAGCUAUAGGUGACAUGGAUUGGGGCACAAAGAAGCUAAAGAAUUUGUAUGUGGCCUCUCAGAAGAACAUCCAUCUCAACCAUGAUGAUGAGAGUACAUUUUUAAUUGCUCUCGAAGAAGCCCUUUACGCAAUGGCUGAGUCAACAGUCAGGAUACUCUCUUCCUUUGUUUUGAUGAACCUCAAAGACUCACAAGCAGCACAGUUUCUCAGAUUAGCAGUUAAGUUUUACAAACAAUUAGCACAGAUUGUGAAACAGAGGAUUGCUCCCAAGGGUUGCAAGCAAACUCUUCCCAGCCUCAAGUUUCAAAAACUCGUUGAACUAACUUGCAAGAGCCUCACGGUUCCUUUAUACCCCUUUUUAGCUGAAAUGCAAAAGGAACAACAGGAAAGUGUGAGUUCCAAUUCCAAGGGUAUAAUCAACAAGAUCAGACAGGAGAACAAAUGCAUCCCUGAUUUGAUAUUCCAGAUAGAAGACUAUGAAAGAUACCUAAUACAGCUGAGCAAAGUUACUAAAUUGAAUUUGUUGAGGCAUGCCAAGCGCAGUACUGCUAGAGACUUCAAGAUAAUUGAAGAUGCAGAAGCUCCUGCUGGUGGUGAAGAUGGAGGAAACCAAGAAGAAACAGAGACACAGAACAAUAACGUUGGUGGUAAUGAGGAUGGUUUGGGAGAAGAGUCAGAAGAUGAUCGGGAACAAGCAUCACGGGACUUACAUUCUGAUAAAGCCAUAGCAGCAGAAGCGAAUGAUGUAGAAGAAGAAGAAAAAGGAGAAGAAGAAGAUGAAGAAGAAGAAGAAGGAAGUGGCUUAAGUCGUCCUAAAAAGAUAGCAAAGAAGAGUUCAGUCGUGGAAGAUUCUGAUGAAGAUUCUGUAACAUUUUAGGUUCAUGUUUGUAAAUGAAAACUUGGAAACUCAGAGAUGGUAGCUCUCCUUCAUCCAUGGCCGUUUAUACUAGCGCAAGCCUUGAUGUUUUAUGGCUGCUAGUGUGCACUGCAUGUCGUUUAUAUUGCUGAUUAAAAACAGAUAAAAAUUUAAAAUCGGUUUAAAGUCGUUUCCUCCA